UUCCUGUGACCUGCGGUAGGUCUCCCGUCACCGACGAGGGAAAGUGCAAAACGAACAGCAUCGACUCCUUCAUAACACGGCGAUGUAAUGUCUAAUAAAAUGUAUCAAACAACCUCUUUAUUAAAUAAGUGGGUCCAGGAAAAUAACGAGUUGGUAAACAAAUGGAAGCAGCAGGAAGGAGGAGGAGACACAUUGAGCCAGAAUCAGAACCACACCCACCUGAGAUGGUGUUCCUCUGACUUUGACAACCUUUUAAGGAAAAUCCAAGGUGUUCCUCCUCUUGCAGAACACACUCAUUUGGAGCUGUCAGUGGUGUACAAUGCCUGUGUGUGCGCUGCUGCUCGGUCUCAGUUCACAGAAGCUGAGCUGCUCCUCGCACGAGCCAUACAGAGAGCUCUACAGAUGACAGGAGACGGCCCUGUUGCUUCAGACCCUCUUGCGUUUUGGAGAACGGUUCUCAAAUCAGUUGGAAACACAGCUUUGAAUUCCUCUGUACUGUACCUACUCUGUCUGCAGUGGGCAAUAUGGUUGGCAACAUGCCAGCUGAAAACUAUACAGGAAUUUAAGGAGGAGCUGUCCUCUCUGUUUGAGACACUUUUUGGUGGAGCUGGGGAUGACGGGAGGAGCGAGGCAAGGGGAAAGUCCUCCGAUAUUCCAUUACUGGUGAUGGACCCAAGAAGGCUUGCUGAAUUGUUACAGAUCUGCACUUCCAUUGCUCAAGGUGCUGAAAGGUUGAGUGAGGGUCAGAGUUCAGAAGCACUGUCUGGUCUGCAGACAGCUUCCUCCAUGCCGGCUCCCAGAACUCUUGUAGCAUAUGUACACCUCCUCUCAGGCUCCUGCCUUGCGCAUAUGAGCCGCCCUCAGAUGGCACUGCAGUGUUACAGGAAGGCACUGGAGACUGACUCCUGUUGUGUAUAUGCUCUGUACCAGAGCAUGCUCAUCUACAGACAGCUGGGAAAUACACAGGCUGAGAUACAAGCUCUUCGCUUGCUGCACUCAACUUUGAUGUUGCCCUCUGCUACAGUGCCUGCUCUGGCCGGUACCCAUCUCCUCUCCCCGUCCUUACUUCUCUGCAGCCAAUCACUGAACAGCCUGCUCUCAGUUCCCUCUGCCCUCUCUGUCCUUCACAAUCUGGCCCUGAAGUGUGUGCUCCAUGGGAGGGUGUCAGAGGGUGUGGAACAUUAUUUGGACCUCCUGGCCGCUCUUCACUCAGAAGAUCAACAUGGAUCUCUUUCACAGGUCCAUGCUGAAACCACUCACCUCCCCAGGUUUCCCGAGCUUUACCUAGAGGCUGGCGCUGCCUUGCUCAUGGCCCGGAGGCCUGCAGAUUGCAUGGUACUGUGCAAUGAAGUCAUCAGCGCGACACUGGAACUGCUGCCAGAGAAGCUGGUGUUGGAAGAUCCAGAGGAGAGGAUCACGGCUGAGACCAGGACAGUGAGCGGGGAGGGUGAAGAUAAGGUGGUGAUGUUACUCUGGGCUGGUGCGGCCUACCUCCUGCUGGGUCACUGCCAAACUCAGCUGAAGGACUGGAAACAAGCUGUGACUCACUACACUAGGUGUAUCAACCUGCUGGUGAAGGUCCGCUUUAAAAAGAAAGGUUUCCAACCACAGAUCCCCAGUGCAGAGAUGGUUUUCAAGCUGGGAACAGAUCUGUGUAUCCUCCAAAGGCUGAAGGGGCUUUCGCUAGCUGGUAGGGGUAUCAGCUUCACCCAGACAGACCAACUGAGGGAGGCACUGAGAGACUUCCUGCUCAGUCUGCAGGCAUUCCCAGAGUGUGUGGGUGCAGGGCUGUGGUGCGGUGAGGUGCUGUGGAGGCUUGGCAGGAGACAGGAGGCAGCAGCUUGUUGGGAAAAGACCUGGAGCUUCAGCACACAAUCCUCAGUGGAGAGUCUUCCUGUGUACCUACAGGAACCCCAGUCUGGCCCUUUGUUGGACUCCAAGGAGCUACGGAACAGAAUACAGGAACUUGGUCCUACAUAGUCAGCCUGGAGAGGGACAAAAGAAGAAUAACCUGUCACUUACAGUACAAGAUCAACUUUCUCUGGCGUGUGAACUGAAACCAGAACUCAGAACAAACAUGUAUUUCCUGGGACAGUAAAAUAAAGCAUAUUGUAAGGACUUAGGGUGUUUAAGACUGAGAAUCAACAAAGCUGGCAGGUGAAUUAUUCAUGACAUGAUGAAAUAAAACUGGACAUAUUGUA